GGCAUAGCCUGAAAAUGACUGAAAAAUGCAUGCUAGUGUUGGCUCUCGCAAUGGUGUUGGCUGCUAACUCUCUUGCCGAUCACUCAAAGCCUCCUCCAAAAGAACAACACAACUCACAAGUAGACAACUACCCCAAAAGACCUCCACAUACUAAACCACCACAAGUAGACAACUACGUACCCAAACCCAAACCUCGUCAACCACCCCAAUUAGACAACUACUUUCUCAAACCCAGGAUUCCUGUUAAACCACCCCAAUUAGACAACUACGUGCCCAGACCCAAGAAUCCUCGUAAACCACCCCAAUUAGACAACUACAAGCCCAUACACAAAAUUCCUAGUAAACCACCACACAAGCCAGCUACAGAGGAGUUGUACCUGCAGGAGGAGCAACACAACACAAAAGAGAAGCCAAACAACUAUGUACGACCAAGAAAGCCAACCAUACCCCCAGCCACCAACACAUACGAUGACCCAUUGAAAAGUCAAUUCUCCAAACAAGACAACACAGUGGUAGAUAACUAUCCACCAAAAAUCCCACGUUCCAGGCCCCCGGGUACCAACUGACGAGUACGUGCUCAGUUACUCCAAGUGUUUUAAGUUGUGGUUGCUAUUAUCACUAUCGUUAAUAUUGCUCAAAAUUAUGAAUAAAUAAUGCAGUUGAUGCCACCGCAAUUGCAAUCCCGAUUA